UAAACAUAUUUGCUAUUUCUUUCAUCUCUUUUUAAUUGUUGCUAUGAAUAAUUAACUAAUUUCAAUUAUUUAAUAAGCUCUCCGCAUAUACCAAAUGUCUAAAUUUUUAUGUAUUUGCAAGAACGAGUUUAGUUUAUAAAAUAGUCUUCAGUUACGUUAUAUUUGUUGUGUCAAAAGAUUUAAUUCUUAUAUGCCAAAAUGACUACGUUAAGUACACAAGUGGAUAGUGACAGAAGAUUAUUACAAUUCAAAAGCUACGAAGAAUAUUUAGAUUCGUUGGUAACUCCUGUAGAUUUUAACUAUUUGAGAAGUACAAAGGUUGCGCGACAAUUAGCAGAACUUGGUUAUCGAUGUACAGGAGAAACUCUUGAUAAAAAUACUUUCUACCUGCGUCUGCAAACUGUCAAAGAUUUAUUAUACCCAAUUCUUCAACCAUAUCAUCUUACUUCUGAAUUUAUACUUCCUUUCGAUCCGGUAAUGCAAGAAUUAGCAAUUCGCGAACGCUCUAAUAGACUACAUGUACUAUCAACUAUUAUAUUUAUACGCCAUAAUCCACGCCUUCAAGUCGAAGUAUCAGGCUACAUUGAUUUUGGUGAAAGACUUAAGACAGAAGAUUGGCAGCUAUAUUUCAAAGGAAAAAAGAAACUUUGGCCUAAAAUUACAGACUUGGCGUACUAUCAUUGGAAAUUAGGAAAAAUGCAAUUAAAUAUUACAUCAAAUUAUGAACCAAUAAUAAAUUCUAAACAUGGUCUUUUAUUUAAAAAUAUUCAUGAUAGAAAAUUAAUUAACGUCGAUCCAAAGGCGAUUAGACCUGGCAUAGAUACUACGAGAAUACGUGUACAUAGCGAUGCGUAUGAACACGUUAUUUUAUACGAUCAUGUUGUCAGAAGCACUGUUAUUUAAUAGAAAGCAUUUGUAUUAUAAUCAUAAAU